AUGACGAGUCCAGAACAGGGAAAUCAAAUGUCUAACACAGAAUUUGUCCUCCUGGGAUUCGGGAAUCUUCCUGAACUGCAGCUCCUUCUCAUCCUGCUGUUCUUAGUGACCUACAUUGCGACCGUGACUGGGAACAUCCUCAUCAUGGUGCUAGUUGUGGUUGAUCAGCACCUUCGAACCCCCAUGUACUUAUUCCUGGGGAACUUGUCCUGCUUGGAAACCUGCUACACCUCCACGAUCCUGCCCAGGAUGCUGGCCAGUCUCCUGACUGGGGACAGGACCAUUUCAUUCAAUGGGUGUGUCACACAAUUUUAUUUCUUUGCUUCUCUGCUUGGUACAGAAUGCCUUCUCCUAUGUGAUCGGUAUUUAGCAAUAUGUAAUCCACUGCACUAUGCAGCCCGUAUGAGUGGCAGGGACUGCCUCCACCUUGCAGGUGGCUGUUGGAUAGGUGGCUUCCUAUGUUGUGGCAUAAGAACAUUAUCAAUAUCUCAGUUAUCAUUUUGUGGCCCCAAUGGUAUUGACCAUUUCUUUUGUGAUCUCAUCCCCCUUAUAAAACUGUCCUGCAAUGACCCUCACCUGAUGGAAACAUUGGCUUUCACACUCAGCUUGGUUUUCUUAUUGGCCCCAUUCCUCCUUAUCUUGAUGUCCUACAUCUGCAUCAUCACCACCAUCCUGAGAAUCCCAUCCACCACAGGGAGGCAAAAGGUCUUUUCCACUUGCUCCUCCCACCUCAUUGUGAUGAGCAUUUAUUAUGGAACUCUGCUCAUUAUCUAUAUGUUCCCCACCACCAACAUCCUAAGUGACUUCAAGAAAGUUCUGUCUGUCAUCUACACAGUCCUGACUCCCCUGGUCAAUCCCCUCAUCUACAGCCUGAGAAACAAAGUGGUCCAGGAGGCCCUGAGGAAAGCUUGCAGAAAAUUCAUGUUUGGACCAUGCUAA